UUUCAUUCUUUAUUUAUUUAUUUAUCAAAUGAUAAAUCAAUUUAAUCUAUUGAUUUUGAUUAUCACUUUAGUUCAUCUAGUAAAAAGUGAUUCAUUACCUCCAGUUUAUAAACAUGGAUGUGUGAUUUUAGCGAAUCAAAAAAUAUAUUGUUAUGGAGGUGCUAAUCGACAAGGCACUGCUAGUAAUUCGAAUGCCACCUUAUCAUCAUCCGAUAGUCAAAUAUACAAUCAUCAUGUUUAUCUCGACGUUUCCAAACCACUCAAUGUAUCUGGUGCUAAUACACAAUGGCAACCUGUACCUACACCCAACAACGCUUUUCAAUUGGAACCUCGUGCAGAUUUCGCUAUUGUUAAUCAUAACGAUACUUCUUAUAUCAUCGCUGGUGGCUCUGGUCCUUCUACCAACCAUGGGGAUCAAAGUCUUGUGAAUAUCACCACUCGUUAUAAUGCUGAUACCAAUACUUGGGGAAUCAUCGCAAGUAAAGAUCCUUCAGCUGCUAAAAUGAAUAUCACCAUGGAUGUACAAAUGUUCGGUGGGCGGGGUGUGAAGGUCACCAACACUCAAUUUAUGAUCGCUGGCGGUAUUCCUCCUAAUAAUAAUACUGUCCUUCCUGCAAAUACAACUUAUGUAGAAGUCGACGCAGCUGAUCCUACCUGGUCCACUAUGCAAGUCUGGGUUGAUCCCAUCACAAGAGGUGGCAAUAUGUUCCCUGAACCUGCACGUGUUUUCCGUCAUGCUAUGGCUACAAGCAGUAAUGGUAAUGUCUACUUCUUUGGUGGAGUUCGACCUGUCAAUGCCACACAGAACUACGACUAUAUGAAUAACUUGGGUUAUUAUGGUUUCGAUGCAUUGCUUGUAUGGUAUCCAGCCCAAAACCAAACAUUUAAUGUUGUUAAGCCUAGUAAUCCCGAUAAUGCGCCUAGUCUUCGACAACUUCAUACUGUGACGAGUAUUCCCAACACAGACAAGAUGCUUCUUUAUGGUGGUGUCAAUGGUGAUGGAGCUAAUUCUGACUUUUGUUAUAUAUUUGAAACUGUAUCUGGACUUUGGACGAUUGCCAACUUUACCAAUGGUGAUGGUCCGGGAAGACGAUAUGGACAUCAAGCUAUCAUGGUGGGCAAUGACAUGCUCUAUAUUAUUGGAGGUAUCGAUAUCACCAACACUGUCCAAAACGAUGUACAUAUCUUGAAUGUCACCAGUAUGACAUGGUUGAAUGGAUCUUACACAAAUACUUAUGAUCAAAUGAACAGUGCCUCUUCAUCAAACAACAACAAUGGAACUGGAUCAUCCUCUCUUAGUGGAGGUGCUAUUGCUGGCAUUGUUAUUGGUUGUGUUGCUGCUGUGGCUCUAGGUACCGCGGCUGCUGUGAUCUUCUACAUACAACAUAAAAAGAAGAAAUUAUUGUCAUCUGGUGCUGCUCCUGCUGGUUUUGCUCCUACUACUCCUCCACCAAAUAAUAACAAUACAAAAGAAUACAACACGACGUAUACUCCUGCAUCUCCUAUGAGUGAUGAUGGCUCCACCACUCUUUAUUCAUCACAACCUGGUGAUGGUAAAUAUGACCAUUUCCCUACUUCUCAUGUUGAAAAACCUCACUUGUACUAG